AUGUCGCUGUGCAUGGCCUCACACCUUUUCCUGCUGGUCUUACCAGUGGUGUCACUGCUGCUCUUCUCUCCUAUUGGUUGGAGCUAUGAUGCCCUCACCCCUGGCUGUCACCUUUACCCCUUCAACGUGACCAUCCGCAGUGACCGUCGCAGCACGUGCAAAGGCACCCACCUGGUCUACGCCUGCGUGGGCUACUGCGAGUCCAGCGCCUUCCCGUCCAGAUACUCCGUACUGGUGGCCUCCAACUUCACCCACAACAUCACCUCCGCUUCACAAUGCUGCACCAUCAGCAAGGAUGCCAAGGUCAGGGUUCGCCUGGACUGCCCUCGUGGUCGUCACCAUGACGAAAUAGAGAUCCUGACAGCUAAGGCGUGUCGCUGCGACAUGUGCCGCAAGUCCCGCUACUGA